AUGUCGCCGAACUCGUCGGAAAGAACAAUCACCUCCUCCGUCCCAACUCCAGCCACCACAUCAAACCCUCUCUCCUCGGCACAUCACUUUGUGUCAAUUAAACUAACAUCCCGGAACUUUUUAUUCUGGCGCACACAAUUGGUUCCGUUCUUACGGGGCCAAGAACUGCUCGGGUUUGUCACCGGCGAGACCCCGUGCCCGUCACCGACGAUCGCCAGCGCUCUGGCAGAAUCUUCCACCUCCGAUGUUGCCAAUUCCGUUCGUGUGUCAAAUCCUAAAUUCAAGACGUGGGUGAGGCAAGAUGCAUCUAUUCUGUCGCUCUUGGUUUCAUCCAUGGCCGACGAAGUACUUCACCUUGCCGUUGGCCGCAAUACGUCGAUGGAAGUCUGGGACUCAAUCACCACCGCAUUGGGAUCCAGUUCGAGAGCUCGCUGUUUGAAUCUGCUUGGGCAGUUUUAG